AUGUUUGGAAUUGAAGAUAGAAAGAAAUAUGGAAAGAGAAUACCAGAAAGAUACUAUGGAAUAGCUGAUGAAUGUUUUAAGGGAUGUAAUGAUUUGAUGGAAAUUGACAUACCAACAAACAUUGAAGUGAUAGGAAAUGAAUGUUUUAAAGGAUGUUGUUCAUUAGAAUCAAUUACUAUACCAACAAGUGUUAGUCAAAUAGGAAAUAAAUGUUUUGAUGGAUGUAAAUCAUUACCAUCAAUUAAUAUACCAACAAGUGUAAUUGAAAUAGGAAAUGAAUGUUUUAGUUGGUGUGAAUCAUUAACAACAAUUAAUAUACCAACAAGUGUUAGUAAAAUAGGAAAUAAAGUUUUUUAUGGAUGUGAUGAUAUUCAAGAAAUUAAUAUACCAACAAGUGUAAUUGAAAUAGGAAAUGAAUGUUUUAGUUGUUGUGAAUCAUUAAGAACAAUUAAUAUUCCAACAAGUGUUAGUGAAAUAGGAGAAUGUUGUUUUUUUUGGUGUUAUUCAUUAAGAACAAUUAAUAUACCAACAAGUGUAAAUGAAAUAGGAGAUGGAUGUUUUUAUCAAUGUUAUUCAUUAACAACAAUUAAUAUACCAACAAGUGUUAGUAAAAUAGGAAAAGAUUGCUUUCAUCAAUGUUCAUCAUUAAGAACAAUUAAUAUACCAACAAGUAUAAGUAGAAUAGGAAGUAGUUGUUUUUAUUUAUGUUCAUCAUUAAAAUCAAUUAAUAUUCCAACAAGUGUUAGUAAAUUAGGAUAUGAAUGUUUUUA